AUGAGGUUAUUUCUAGCCCUAUUUGUGUUGGGGGUGCAAGCCUCGCUGGUUUUUUUUCCCUCGUCUUACAAGGACAACACCCUAUUCUUGCCACCACCCGUUUGUCAGGCAGACAAGUUGUACGUUGACUCUUCAGCGCCUGCUACCUACUAUAAUCCCACAUUCAAUGCAGCUUUUGUUGUAUCAGAAGCAGACAGGAAUAUAGAUGCUAGCUACAGUGUCUAUAUCAAUUACCAAGCAGACAAGUAUGACCAAUUGUACAACAAUUUUCUUCAAAAUAUUGCACAAGUCUACGUAGCUGGCACAGGAACUGCUGAUUCGACGCUUUAUUCAUCUGGGAUACCUAAUACCAUCACCAACCCAUUCCAAUGGUCUGCCAAAAUUCAAAUCCGACCACAAAUAAAGAAUGGUAAAUGCUGUACUCCGGAUGCAUUCCGAGUUUGGUUUAGAUUCAAUCAGUUGGGUACUGGCGGGGCAGCCCUUAAUCAAGUUUUCGGACAACCGUACUGUUAUUACACAACUCAAGCUUGGAAUGGUGCAGUUCAACAGUAUGAUCCAAUGACAUAUUUCAAUCAGCAAUUGGUGUUUCGGAAGAGGGAUGCUGAUAAUUACGAUGUAAAUGAUUUGGAACAAUUUGAUAAAAGAAGCUAUCAGUCGAUGGUUGAUUUGUUGAAUAGCUGCACCACUAAGCACCGUGGAAUCAAACAAUUUUGUUGGGAUUGUAGCUGCCCCCCUCCCCCUCCACCAAGUUCCACUCCACCAAGUUCCACUCCACCAAGUUCUGAACCACCAAGUUCUGAACCACCAAGCUCUGAACCUCCAUCUUCAUCUGAACCACCAAGCUCUGAGCCUCCAAGCUCUGAACCUCCAUCUUCAUCUGAACCACCUUCUUCAUCUGAACCACCAAGUUCUGAGCCACCUUCUUCAUCUGAACCACCAAGUUCUGAGCCACCAAGCUCUGAGCCUCCAUCUUCAUCUGAACCACCUUCUUCAUCUGAACCACCAAGUUCUGAACCACCUUCUUCAUCUGAACCACCAAGUUCUGAGCCACCAAGCUCUGAACCUCCAUCUUCAUCUGAACCACCUUCUUCAUCUGAACCACCAAGUUCUGAGCCACCUUCUUCAUCUGAACCACCAAGUUCUGAGCCACCAAGCUCUGAACCUCCAUCUUCAUCUGAACCACCUUCUUCAUCUGAACCACCUUCUUCAUCUGAACCAUCAAGUUCUGAGCCACCUUCUUCAUCUGAACCACCUUCUUCAUCUGCACCCCCAAGCUCAUCAGAGCCACCAUCCAGUUCUGCACCCCCAAGCUCAUCGGAACCACCAUCUAGUUCAACACCACCACCAAGUUCUUCUGUGCCAACAUCAAACUCAGCUUCGUCUUAUCCACCUACUUCGUCUGUUCCAUCCGGUAGUGGAGUGGUUGAAACAUCGACGAUUGGCUCUACUACUGUUAUAACGGUUACUUCCUGUUCGCAUGACAUUUGUUCAACCAUAACUGAAACUACCGGGUUAACCGUCAUCACUGAGGGCACUACUGUCUACACUACAUACUGUCCAUUGACAACAACGACGACGACUUCGACACCAACUAGCGGCAAAGGCAAUGGAGCUGGAAGUGGCAAUGGCAAUGGAAGUGGUAAUGGCAAUGGAAGUGGUAAUGGAUCUGGUAAUGGAAGUGGUAAUGGCAAUGGAAGUGGAGCUGGAAAUGGAAGUGGUAAUGGCAAUGGAAGUGGAGCUGGAAAUGGAGGUGGUAAUGGAAGUGGUAAUGGAAAUGGAGCUGGUAAUGGAUCUGGUAAUGGAAGUGGUAAUGGAAGUGGUAAUGGCAAUGGAAGUGGUAAUGGAUCUGGUAAUGGAAGUGGUAAUGGAAGUGGUAAUGGAAAUGGAGCUGGUAAUGGAUCUGGUAAUGGAAGUGGUAAUGGCAAUGGAAGUGGUAAUGGAAGUGGUAAUGGAAGUGGUAAUGGAAGUGGUAAUGGAAAUGGAAAUGGAGCUGGUAAUGGAAACGGAAAUGGAUCUGGUAAUGGUAAUGGAGCUGGAAAUGGAAAUGGAAGUGGAAGCGGACCAGGUUCUACUACCAUUAUUACUGUGGCAUCUUGUUCCGAAAGUGGUUGCUCUACUAUCACCAAGACUACUGGAGUGACCGUUGUUACUAAAGGUAAUACUGUCUACACAACUUAUUGCCCGUUAACAGGAGCAGCGACUACCUCUACGGCUAAUGGAAAUGGAAUAUCGGAAAAUGAGCUUGAACAUAAUUCGGGUGGUGGUAGUGCAUCAGGUAACGGGUCUACUAUUAGUACUGAAAACGGUGCAGGAUCUGCAAGUCUUGCUUCCGGUCAAGGUUCAAGUCCAGCUGCUUCCGGUCAAAGAUCAGGAGGCCAAGUAGUAGGAGCUCAGGGAUCAGAAGCCCAGGGAUCAAGAUCAGGCUCAGGUCAAGGAUCAGGAGGUGAAGGUUCAAGCCCAGCUGCUUCCGGUCAAGGUUCAGGAGACCAAGGAUCAAGUUCAGGCUCAGGUCAAGGAUCAGGAGGUGAAGGUUCAAGCCCAGCUGCUUCCGGUCAAGGUUCAGGAGACCAAGGAUCAAGUUCAGGCUCAGGUCAAGGAUCAGGAGGUGAAGGUUCAAGCCCAGCUGCUUCCGGUCAAGGUUCAGGAGACCAAGGAUCAAGUUCAGGCUCAGGUCAAGGAUCAGGAGGUGAAGGUUCAAGCCCAGCUGCUUCCGGUCAAGGUUCAGGAGACCAAGGAUCAAGUUCAGGCUCAGGUCAAGGAUCAGGAGGUGAAGGUUCAAGCCCAGCUGCUUCCGGUCAAGGUUCAGGAGACCAAGGAUCAAGUUCAGGCUCAGGUCAAGGAUCAGCAGGUGAAGGUUCAAGUCCAGCUGCUUCCGGUCAAGGUUCAAGUCCAGCUGCUUCUGGUCAAGGAUCAAGUCCAGGAUCAGGAAGUCAGGUGCCACAAGGCGCACAUCCGAAUCCAGUAUCAACAGGAGGAACUUCUGUACAACAACAGGCGACAAAUGAUCUCAAUCCGUCAUUCGAGACUGUUUCAAUUUUGCAGUCGAGUGAAUCCUCGACAUCAGAGUCGAAUCCACCUGAGAUUUCCGCCUUUGUUGCAGUAGGUGCCACGAUUGGUUAUUCCGUUGGAGCUGUUUCUUUGGCAAUUGCCAUCAUGUUGCUUUAG